UCAAGUUUAGGUACUCAUUCAACUAGUAGGUAGUACAUUACUUGAGUUUUGCCAAACUAGUUGCGUUAAUUGAGUGCUUCAACCACUAGCCAGUUAGAUAGAAUCGUUUUAAAUUAAUUUUUGUUGGUUAAAAAACAUUUACAUAGUGAGAAAGAAGAAAUUGUUGUUUAUCCGUUCUUUUUGAACUGUUUUGUUUGUUUAGAAACUUCAAUGAGCAAUGGAAUCUGACAGGACACCAAGUUCAAGCGAAGUCUCCGACGACGCUCCAAGCAGAAGACGCGGACGGCCUAUUGGAAAACAUCGAGUUCCUCUUUCACUUAAUGAGCGGAGAGCCAGAAACGCUCAGUAUGAAAGAGAAAGACGUUACGAAACAUCGGAAGCCAUGGCUGAGUUAGCUCAUGCUGCGAAAUGUGACCGUAGACUUAACCACUCCAACUUACUGGCCACGGUAAUUAAUCACCUUAAGAGGGCCGCUGAAAACGAAUCUUCGAGUGAAAUCGAAGAACUGAAACGGACUAACGAAAAAUUAACAUGGCAAGUUGAAGCUUUAGAACAGCGUCUAUCAAAUUGGGAAGACAGUCAAUAUAGUCUUGGAAAUUAUCAAAAACACGCCAAGGGCGGCAAAAGAAAGGGAAAAUCUAAUAAAAGAGAGAAAUCCACUAAAGUUUUGAAAUUAAAAGCGGAAAGUCCUUUGGAUAGUGACACAGACUCCAAUGGGAAAUUUUCAAAUGACGAUGACGACGACGAAGAAUCACAAAACUUAAUUAGGUUUUAAAUUAAGUAGUCCAGUUUGAAUGCAAUACAGUAGUAGGUGUAUUGAAUAUACCUUCAUGCACAAAAAAAAAACGGUAAACAUAGGUGCAUAUAAUUACCUAUUAUUGUUAUUAUCAGGUUUAACAAUAUUUAUGGCUGGUAUUAGAGCUUAUAUAAAUUAUGAAUUUGAUUU